AUGAAUCUGUUUUGGCUGCCACUUGCAACUUCUCUCAAGAAAACAAGCUCGGAGAAGGGGGAGUUGGACCUGUUUAUAAGAGGUGUGCUACUAGAUUGGAAGAAGCGUUUCAAUAUAAUUGAAGGAAUCGCUCAGGGAUUGCUUUACUUGCACAAGUACUCGAGAACGCGAGUAAUUCAUAGAGAUUUAAAAGCUAGUAACAUACUACUUGAUGAAAAUAUGAACCCUAAAAUUUCCGAUUUCGGUAUGGCAAGAAUUUUCUCCCACGAUGAAUUGGAAGAAAACACCAGCAGGAUUGUCGGGACACGUGGUUACAUGCCUCCUGAGUCUGUGGAGGGAAUUGUUUCUGUAAAAUCUGAUGUCUACAGCUUUGGGGUGUUGAUGCUUGAAAUCAUAAGCGGGAGGAAAAACAACAGCUUCUACAAUGAUGACCGCGCACUCAAUUUAGUAGGAUAUGCAUGGGAGUUAUGGAAACAAGGUUCAGGGCUAGAAUUAAUGGAUCAAAUGGUAGAGGAAGAUGCAGCCGAUCGGCCUACCAUGUCAGAUGUGAUUUCUAUGUUGACAAAUGAAAACCCACCAUUAGCCUUACCUACAAAGCCAGCAUUUUUUGUUGGGAGGAAAUUGGUGGAAGCUGGUAUAGGUGAAAAGCAACAUGAAAUUACAUCAGUGAAUGACUUGUCCAUUUCCAAUUUUGAUGCACGUUAA